AUGGCGACCACUUUCAGCGCGUUGGUCUCCAUGCAAGCUACUUCUCUGGCAACAACAAGGAUCAGUUUCCAAAAGCCGGUUUUGGUUCCCAGCCAUGGAAAGACUAAUCUCUCUUUUAGCCUAGGCCGUUCAAUCCCCACUCGCCUCUCAGUUUCUUGCGCGGCCAAACCAGAGACAGUACAGAAAGUGUCAAUGAUAGUGAAGAAGCAACUAUCACUUAAAGAUGAUCAAAAAGUCGUUGCGGAAACCAAGUUUACCGAUCUUGGAGCAGAUUCUCUUGACACGGUUGAGAUAGUGAUGGGUCUAGAGGAAGAGUUCGGUAUCCAAAUGGCGGAAGAGAGAGCACAGAAGAUCGCAACGGUGGAGCAAGCUGCUGAGCUCAUUGAAGAGCUCAUGAAAGAGACCAAGUGA